AUGUUAGGAGAGUUACCGGGUGGCUGGGAGAAUAUUGGAUUUAGUAAUCAAGAUGUUCGGAAUAUAUUGCGUGAUAUUCGACAUUAUGUGUUUGAUUCGAGUGAUGCUUUAGAGGGAUUGGUAUUGAAUGCGUUUGUGCCAUUUACCGGGGUGAAUCACCAUUAUCAGUCGAUUUUGUUCAGAUUUGCCCUGAUAAGGGAUGAGACCGAAGAAUCUUACCUAUGGGUGUUUAAGAGUUGGUUGGAGGCUAUGGGGAACGUGGCUCCACAAACGAUCAUCACUGAUCAAGACAUUGCUAUUGGAAACGCAAUUGCCAAAGUUUUGCCUAACACAAUUCAUUUAUACUGUAGGUGGAAUAUAAGAACAAAGUUUGGUGAAAUAUUAUCGCAUUUAUAUGCAAAUCAAGAUCACUUCAAAGAAGAUUUCAACUCUUGCAUCUACAAGUCACUAACGGGUGCACAAUUCGAAGAUAGUACCGGUUUCAAAGAGUUUAUGGAGAAUUCACGGAAAACGUUGGAGAAACAACAUUUACGUGAAAGAGAGGCUGAUUAUGAAAAAAAGAACAAGGAAAGGUCCAAAAUAACUUCAUCAUCAUUGGAGAAUCAUGCGGCAUCUACCUACAUGAAAGAAAUGCUUAGACGUUUUCAACACGAACUCAAAGAAAGUGGAGCUUAUGUCGUGAUUGAGAAAAAGAGCAAUGCAAUUUACCAGCAUUACGAGGCAUACAAAACAACGGUCCAAGAGGAGUAUAGAAAAUACUAUGUUUUGAUCGUCACCGAGAAUGGCACCAUAACUUGUGUUUGUCGAAAAUUUGAAAGUUUGGGAAUCCUUUGUCGUCAUAUUGUUCGAUACUUGUAUAAGAUGCAACGGUCAGAGAUUCCUAAGCAGUACAUCACUUUGAGAUGGAUGGUUGGAGGCAAUGAAAGAGUGGGAGCCUUACAACACAAGCGUCCUAAAAUUGGUAAUUUUCUUCUGAAAGGCAUAUGUUAA